AGCUUUCUUCUUUCCUCAGAACCCAAGCAGGCUCAACACUUCGAUGAACUCUUCGUGCUAAAUGGGAAACUGUUCGUCGAAUGUUGAGCGCAGAUCCCACAAGACCAUGCGUAAGAGCCCCUCCGAUCUCAAUAAGGCCCCGACACCACCUAUCCCGGAGAUAGUUGUGUCUGGUCCUCACUGUGACGAGCCGCAUCCUGUUGGUUAUUCUGCUGCUGCUCCUCCUAAUGUUAACCGCACCCAUCUAGUUCCCCCAACCCCUUAUUGGAAGGUAAAACAGGACCUGAAGCCCAAGCAGCUUCAGCAGCGUCAGCAGCUUCAGCAACCGUACACGACCAUGAAGGCCGAAUACUACGAGCGUCGACGCCCUGUGAGCCCUUGGUACUACUCCCGGUCGUCCAGGGCAACUGGCGCCACCCCGACCCGCAAUCCCGCUACCAGAUCCAAGCCGCGAACCGAGACCCGUUAUCGAACCGUUCGGCGAGCUCCACCCCGCCUACCGCUUCGGACUCCCGCGCGUCACGAUUACGCUGCCGACUACCGAUAUAUUCGCAGCACUCCCGGCGGCGUUACAUCUGCAUUCUCCUCCGACUCUUCCUCGUCUGUUUCUGAUACGGGCUCGGUCUACGAGAUCAACGACCCUCGGGCGAAGAGACUUUGGAGGCAGUCGAUUGCCCGGCAUCGUGCGGCGGAAAGAGCGCGGCACAUCGCGAAUCAGAACUUCGUGCAGAAGAACCCACGGACGAAGCCGAAGAAGCAGUCGAUUCGUCACCGAAUUUCCAACGUUGAUACAGCUGUUCGCUAA